AUGGCGCGAGGAGCGGAAGUCGACCAGGAGCAGCAGCAGCAGCAGCCCUUGGUGGAUCAGGUGAAGGAAUAUCAGGCGCGAUCCAGGCAGGCCUGGGCAGCCUCAUCCUUCCUCUCCUCCACCUCCACCUCCACCGCAAGCUCCAGUUCCUCAUGGCUUGACGGUUUGCUCGUCAUAUGGGCGCUACUGUUACUUGCUUUACUGCUAUUCACGUUUGUUGCUUUUUAUUUCAAAUUCGUAGGACUUGCUUUCCUGUUUGCAUUUGGUGCUGCACUUCUUUAUAUAUGCAUGAGACUAAAGAGAAAGCACAAGAGAAGUAAACAAAGAGUGCUUCUUCCGUUGUCAAUGUAACAUACACCUGACUUCUGCAAAUACUUCUGUCACAACUUCUGCAAAUGCUUCUGUCACAACAUGUAAAGUGUUCUCUUUAAUUCGUGAAUACAUUGUACACUUACAGCAUUGUUCAUACACUAUUUUUCACUUUGAGUAUUUACAUC